AUGGAGGCGGCGAUUGGCAUGGCAAGCGGGCUCAUUGGCAGCCUGGUGAAUCUGCUAGCCAAUGAGGCUGUGGGGGCGUACGUUGCCAGCACUGAGCUUGGCCUCAACUCCACACAGAUCAAAGAUGAUCUGCUGCGCACCCAAGUUCUGUUGUGCGAAGCCGACAGAAGGGCCAUGAGCAACAAUGCCGGUCUGGAGGGACUGUUGCGGAGGCUCAGUGCCAAGGUCGAUGAGGCCGAGGAUGCCCUGGACGAGCUCCACUACUUCAUGAUCCAAGAAAAGCUCGACAACACCAAUUACACACUGCCGGAUCUGGGUGAUGACCUUCGGGGUCAUGCUCGCCAUGGUCGCCAUGCUCUUCGCCACAUCGUCGGUAACUGCCUUACAUGUUUCUCCUGCUCUUGUUCGACGAAAUAUGAUGAUGGUCGUGUUCCUGUUAUUGUUACAAAUAACCCACACAAUGCAACGGAGCAGCCUGAUAGUGGUGGUAAUGGUGAUCGUCCGGUUGAUAAGUUGUUAUUCGAUAGAGUGGCCAUGUCUAGGAAAAUUAAGUCAGUGAUAGAGGAACUACAUUCGUUGUGUGACUCUGUCACUGAGUCACUCAAAAUAGUUCCGCAUCAUAGCAGUAACACUGCCAUAAAACGACCUAUCAUUGGAUCAACCAGUGCACAGAGUAUAUUGUAUGGGAGGACAGAGCUUUUUGAGCAAACAGUAAAAGAUAUCAUUACCUGUGACACAAAUAGCAGUGAAACAUUGUCUGUUCUUCCUAUAGUUGGCCCAGGUGGUAUUGGAAAGACAACUUUCACUCAACACCUAUACAAUGAUAAAAGGAUACAAGAACACUUUGAUGUUAAGGUUUGGGUAUGUGUAUCUGAUUUUGAUGUGCUUAGGAUCACCAAACAUAUCCAUGACCACAUACGUGAAAGUGAAAAACAAGAAGGCAGCACUUCCCAUCAAACAACCAAUACCAGUUUAGACCUGCUUCAAAUAUAUAUUGGGCAUAAACUAAAGUCCAAAAGGUUUUUAAUUGCCUUUGAUGAUCUGUGGGAAUGCAAUAGCGAGGAUUGGGGAAACCUGUUAGCUCCAUUGAUGAAGGGGGAGGCCAAGGGAAACAUGAUUCUCCUCACAACACGAUCCCCGUCUAAAGCUGAUACUGUGAAAACAACCGAUGCAAUAGCACUGAAAGGCCUUCACCCUGAAGAUUUCUUCACAUUCUUUGAGGAACUAAUAUUUGCGGGAAACAAACCCGAGUAUUACCAAGAGGACUUGGCUAAUCUUGCAAGAGAUAUUGCAAACAAAUUGAAGGGUUCACCUCUAGCAGCUAAAACAGUUAGUCGGAUACUGAAAAGGGAUCCAUCUCGGGAACAUUGGACUGGAGUUCUUAAAAACAAUAAAUGGCAAAAACAAGAAAAUUCUGAUGACAUUAUGCCAUCUCUAAGAAUUAGCUAUGAUUAUCUUCCUUUCCAUUUGAAAAAAUGUUUCCCAUAUUUUGCCCUGUUCCCCGAAGAUUAUAGGUUUAAUAAUCUAGAGAUUACAUACUUUUGGAUUGCAAUAGGAAUCAUUGAAAAAGAUGAGAAUUACAUGGAACAACUUGUGGACAAUGGUUUUCUCGUGAAGGAGAAUUAUGUACUACAUGAUUUAUUACACGAACUAUCACGGAGUGUCUCGUCACAAGAGUGCCUCAAUAUAAAUAGUGGUGAAAGUUUUAGAGCUGAUGCCGUCCCCAAAUCUAUUCGUCUUUUUUCCAUCACCAUGGAAGAAAAAUAUGAUGUGACUUUUAGGGGAGAAAUGAUUAAACUGAGGAGCAAGGUAGACAUUGUAAAUUUACGGGCUUUGAUGGUUUUUCGAGAAUAUAGUGAAACUAUUAAUGAGAUUUUGGAAGAUACUUUCAUGGAAAUACAAGGUCUCCGUGUCCUAUUUAUGAAAGUCAAGUCCCUGAAAUAUUUCCCACCCAACCUUUCAAAGCUUAUCCACCUCCGAUACCUAAAAGUUUCUGGACACACAACUGACUCAGAGCUAACUUUGCCUAGCACACUCCCUAGAUUUUAUCACUUGAAACUAUUGGACCUAAGUAGUUGGUAUGGUAGGGAUAAAUUGCCUAAAGACAUUAGCCGCCUUAUCAACUUACACUAUUUAGUUGCUAGAAUUAAAUUCCAUUCUCAAUCUGUUGAACUCCAUUCCGAUAUUCCUGAGGUUGGAAAGAUGAAGUGUCUAAAGGAGCUUACAAAAUUUUGUGUCAAGAAAGAGAUUGUUGGAUUUGAGUUGAGUGAGUUGGGGGAGUUAACUGAGCUCGGAGGAGAACUCAGUAUAUAUAACCUUAAAAUGGUGGCAACCAAAGAAGAGGCUAUGGAAGCCAAACUGAUGUUGAAAGCUGAUUUGAAAAAGUUGGAGUUACUUUGGGGCACAGAACACGAUCAGGGAGAAUCUGAUGUCCUUGGUGAUAGUACAGAAUUAUCUGAUGUUAUUGAUGGUCUUGAACCACAUCCUAAUCUUCAAUCACUUGUUAUUAAAAAUCACGGUGGCUCAACCUGUCCUAGUUGGUUGUGUGGUUCCAUUGGCCUACUAAUGCUGACGUCCCUCUGCCUAGAGGAUGUUUCUUGGACCAUUCUUCCACUUGGGCGUCUGCUACAUUUGUCGUCACUCACGUUGAGGAAUAUUCCUAGACUUGGUCAGAUCAUAUCUGGCUCUUCUGACAUUACAGACAGGAGUUGUUCGCGGUUGAAGGAGAUUAUCCUCUUUCGGCUGCCAGAAUUUACUGAGUGGGUGGUGACGCCUAAUGCCCGUUGGUUUCCAAGGCUUGAACUUGUCCAUUGCUAUGGAUGCCCCAACCUCCGUUCGUUUCCCUUCCUGGAAGAGGGCUCUGGUUCUUAUACGAGCCUAUCGACACUCCGUAUUUUCAAAUGCCCCAAGUUGCUCCUGCCCCCCAUGCCGGCAACUCAUAUUGAUGUGCCUGCUGGUCCUUCACGGAGUAUGGAGUAUGAUGAACAUGACUUGCCUUUGACGGGGCAUAGCGGUGCUGCAUCAAAGUUCACAUGGGCGCAACUCCCAAAGCUAACCUCUCUGAGGGAGCUUCGUAUUGAAGGAGACUCAAGCUUUGUAUCUAUGGAUCUGCUCUCAAACCAUACAUCUUUGACCUGUCUACAACUAGUAGAUUGCGAGAAUUUAGAAGUAGAUGGGUUCAAUCCUCUCAUCGCAGCUGUCAACCUCAAGGAAUUUGCGGUUCACAACAGGGGAGGAGAUCGUUCUCGCUCUGUAGCGGCGGAUCUUCUCUCAGAAAUGGUGGUGGCAAGUAGGACUGACAUACUGUUGCCUUCUGCGGGCUGCUUCCGACUGGAAACACUUGGCGUGGAUAGCAUCUCAGCAAUGCUUUCUGCUCCCGUAUGCAGCCUCUUCGCCACCACCCUCCACACAUUAAUCUUCGAAUUGGAUCAGCGGGUGGAAAGCUUCACGGAAGAGGAAGAGAAUGCACUUCAGCUCCUCACCUCCCUCCAACACAUGUAUUUUUGGUUUUGCCAAGGUCUGCCGUCCCUCCCUGGAGGGUUACACAAACUUUCUUCUCUCUGGGGCCUACAUGUGGGUUAUUGUCCUAAGGUCCGAUCGCUGCCCAAGGAGGGGCUCCCCGCUUCUCUGCGACUUCUAAUAGUAGAAGGGUGCACUCGCGAGCUAUGUGAGCAAGCCAAGGAAUUUGAAGUAAGAAACCCAUAUUUACGGAUAGACGCCUAUAAAUGCAUAGAUUGA